GUGGGACGCUAGAGCCUAGCUCACGAGGACUGGGAGUGUUGAGUCGAUUGCCCUCCCUGGCGUCUUACCGACAGAAACCGGCUGCCUUUAUUCACCUGAAUCAGAGAGAGGGCAGUAGACUUGCAUUGGACCGGUCUCAGAUAAUUCAAAGGGUGAUAUAUAUAUAUACAUCGGGUUGUGGGGGAAGACGUAGACCAUAAACUGCGUAACUCAAAUCUCUGUGGUGAAAAUCCAAGACCCACGAUGGACCCGAGAGACACUGCCCCUGAUUCCUGGGAACAAGAGGACGAUGUGGAGGCCACGAUCGACGGACAACUUGAAACCGCAUUUACUUCCUUGAAUGUGAAUGCUAAGCCAUUUGUGCCCAAUGUAAACGCUGCCGAGUUUGUUCCGGCUUUUGCCACGAAAGCACACCCGGAGAACACAGAUUCGGCUGUUGCUGUAGAUAAGAUUUCAAGCAUGGAGGUGACAGAAAGUGCUGUUCCAGUGGAGAAUGGUGACACAGAGAUGAGCACAGAAGAGCUGUGGGACCAAAAAGGGUCUGAGCCAAAUCAGGAGGAGCCAGGAGGCGGGGACCGGGGACAAGUGGUGCCAGAAAUCACAGAGAAAACUGCUCCAGAGAUGGAGGAAGAAGAGGAAGUGCUGGUACCCAAAGUUCCACCAACACAACCAGAUGCCCCCAAGAAGGAGCACAUUAAUGUUGUAUUCAUCGGCCACGUAGAUGCAGGCAAAUCCACCAUUGGCGGACAAAUUAUGUAUCUUACAGGCAUGGUAGAUAAAAGAACAUUGGAGAAGUAUGAGAGAGAAGCCAAGGAAAAGAAUCGGGAAACCUGGUAUCUGUCUUGGGCUUUAGACACCAACCAAGAAGAGAGGGACAAAGGAAAGACUGUGGAAGUGGGCCGGGCAUAUUUUGAAACUGAUAAAAAGCACUUUACCAUCCUUGAUGCUCCAGGUCACAAAAGCUUUGUGCCCAACAUGAUUGGAGGCGCCUCCCAAGCAGACUUGGCUGUACUGGUGAUCUCCGCAAGGAAAGGUGAGUUCGAAACUGGUUUUGAGAAGGGCGGACAGACACGAGAGCAUGCCAUGUUGGCCAAAACUGCUGGUGUCAAACAUCUGAUAGUUCUGGUGAACAAAAUGGAUGAUCCGACAGUCAGCUGGAGCCUUGAGAGGUAUGAGGAGUGUAAGGAGAAACUAGUGCCAUUUUUGAAAAAGGUGGGCUUCAAUCCAAAGAAGGACAUUCACUUCAUGCCAUGUUCUGGUCUGACGGGAGCAAACCUUAAGGAACCCACUGACAUGUGCACCUGGUACACAGGUUUACCUUUCAUUCCACAUUUGGACAGUUUGCCAAAUUUCAACAGAUCAAGUGAUGGACCAGUACGAUUGCCCAUUGUAGACAAAUAUAAGGACAUGGGUACUGUAAUUCUGGGCAAACUGGAGUCUGGUUCUAUCAGCAAAGCACAGCAGCUUGUCAUGAUGCCAAACAGGCAUGUGGUGGAGGUGUUGAGUCUCUUAUCAGAUGACGUGGAAACUGACGAUGCUGGGCCAGGUGAAAACCUCAAGCUGCGGCUGAAGGGCAUUGAGGAAGAGGAAAUACUGCCGGGGUUUAUCCUGUGUAAUGCUGAAAACCUCUGCCACUCAGGGCGCACAUUUGAUGCCCAGAUUGUCAUCAUUGAACACAAAUCUAUCAUCUGUCCGGGUUACAAUGCAGUCCUUCAUAUUCACACUUGCAUUGAAGAAGUGCAAAUUACGGCCUUAAUUUGUCUAGUAGACAAGAAGACGGGAGAGAAAAGCAAGACACGACCACGAUUUGUUAAACAGGACCAGGUCUGCAUUGCCCGUUUGCGUACAGCAGGAACCAUUUGCCUUGAGACCUUUAAAGAUUUUCCUCAAAUGGGACGGUUUACCUUACGGGAUGAAGGUAAGACGAUUGCCAUUGGUAAGGUGCUGAAGCUGGUUGCUGAGAGGGACUGAUGAGGACGAGAGGACCAAGCUGUCUAAGUCAUUGACAGAAAAAAAAUGGGUAGUGUUUGGUCAUAAUUUGACCAUACUGUUGCUCGUGGGGAUGGCGCAUCUUUGCAUCUCCCUUCUACAGCUCACUGAAGAUCAGCCUCAGAAAAAAACUCCUGUGAAAAUAACCUGUUUUUAAAAAAUGACUAACCAAGAUAAUUCCCCACAUAAGUCAGUCUUCUCAUAUUGAGAGCUCUGCUAUGCCAUUUCCAGGUUAGCCCUUUUCCUAUUCUGGUUACUUAUCAUUACAUAAUUUUUUUUCUAGAUUUUUUAAAAAUUGCUUUCACAAAUGAUGACAAAUUGCAGAAUUUGUAUCUAUAAAUGGAUGUGGAGUGGACUGUGUCUGGAAUAUAGAAAAUGAUUUUUGAAGUAAAUUGCUAAAGAUGUAAGAACUAAACCACUUGGAACAACAAAAAUGUUACUUGGGUGUACAUGUCUCACUUUGAUUUUACCCAGUUAUUGGUCUCUCGUGGCGUUCUAGCAAUGAGCUUGAACGUUUUCAAAUGUUAUUAAAGCAAAUAGCUAUGAAAAUAAAAUACUUGGGAAA